AUGAUCGAUGACCCGACGCUAAACCAUUUAAUAAAGAAAGACCCACUCAUUGGACGCUUUUCAUUGCAAGAUCAGCGCGAAUAUUUACAGUUAUACCAAUAUUUCCAAUCAUGUGACGAAAAAAAUAAGCGAAAUCAUGGUAUGGAUACCUUCAUAACGCACUUAAUCAAAGUUCAUCAAUUUAUUAAUCAAAAGGACUGCUUCGAUAUUUAUAGAGGUUUUGUUUGCGGCAUAGAGUUCGGCAGAGGUUUCAUAAUUGUUAAUACAAAACGCCUGAAAAGGCUCAUGUGGCGUUCAAAAUCAUGUGUUAAUGGAUGCCUUCAGAAGUUAGGCUAUCAAAUGAAUAGAAAAGAACAAGAUGUUUCAGGAUUCUUCACAACCAUUCUUCCAGGAGUUGAAGCUCAGCUCUGCAAUAGCCGUCAAUGGUGUGUAAGAAAGAGAACUAGCUCUUCACCUGUAUGCUUUGUUUCAUUCUUGCCCUCUAUUUUGACUGAUAGAUACGGUUUUCCUCAGCCAUGCGAUUUGGAUGACGAAGAUUACGAAGAAGAACCUGAGCCACCAUCAUAUCAGGAUCCAUUCCCUUAUCUCGAUGUUAAGGCGCUGUUGAAUAAUCAUAAAUCUAAUGUACUUGUUUAA